AUCUUGGUUCUCAUUUCAGUGCGUUCACUCUUUCUCUGUUCCUCUUCUGUGUUUUUUUUUUAAUCUCUGAUCCGCCUUGAUCUGUGCUUGAUUACUUGAUUCCCCGGUCAGGUCGUUGAAAUCCAGAAGAAAUGAAGAAAGUGGUGGUGAAGCUAGACUUACAUGAUGACAAAGGCAAGCAAAAGGCCAUGAAGGCAGUGUCUUCCCUAUCAGGAGUCGAUUCCAUCGCCAUGGAUAUGAAGGACAAGAAAAUGACAGUGAUUGGAGAUGUGGAUCCAGUAGACGUGGUGGGCAAAUUGCGCAAGCUUUGGCACACGGAGAUAGUCUCUGUUGGGCCGGCGAAAGAGCCUGAGAAGAAGAAGGAGGAACCCAAGAAGGAGGAGCCCAAGAAGGAAGAACCCAAAAAAGAGAAAGCGGAAGAGAAGAAGAAGGAACCCACUACUGAUCAAAUCGCCGAGCUCGUCAAGGCAUAUAAGGCUUAUAAUCCUCACUUGACUACACACUACUAUGUCCAGAGUGUAGAAGAAAACCCCAACGCUUGUGUUAUCUGUUGAUUGGAAAUCGCUGAAGAUGGCGAUGCCCUAGGAUCGAGAAGCUUCUUUGAACAGUUGGAAAGGAUUAAUUGCUCUCUACUGUUCUUCUCUGUUCAAGGGUAUCGAUGUAUAAAAGAGAAAUAAAUGAAAUUUUGAGGUGCAUAACUUUUUAUUUUGUAGAAAUUAUUUUAUGAAUAGAUCAUUAUCAUUCAAAGUUUGUGAU